UUGCAAAAACCAAAACAGACGUUAGACAUCUACUGUAGAGUGUCAAAUGAAGAACAAAAUGUGACACAAUUUUUCUAAAAUAGUUUAAUUUUACUAAAAUAUUUUUAUUUGGGACAGAGUUGUCUUCGUUUUUCAUUGUAAUACAAUUGUAUUAACUGAGCACAAGUUGAUUAGUUAGUUAAAGGUUAAAAUUGACAAUCACUUUUGAAAAUAUUUCAAAAUGAACAUCAUGUUGGAAGUAUUAUUGAAAACGCGAGUGAAAUAUUUGGCGAUUGGAAUUAUUCUUUUGUUCUUCAUUUUCCUCUUCUUGAGUGGGAUGGAUCAUCGCGUUGAAGAAGAACAAUUGGGAAUUAUUCAGUACAGGAAAAACGUCUUGUCACGCGAGGCAGAACAGUUCCGAAACCAGCGAAGUCAAUUACAAAAGAAAGAACAAGGUCCAUCAGAUUUCAAAGUACAAUUCAUUUCCGGAAAGGAAUUGGCCAACGAAGUUGACAAUGAACACAAAUCAUUUCAAGUCCAUAGGGUUAAAAUGAUGAAUAUGGAGAGAAGUAAGAUAACAGUAGAGUGCCAAGAUCCAUUUUCGGCUUUCGGAAAGGUGAUUCCAGCUGGUGGAACGUACGAGUUUCGAGUCACCGACCUCUUCGCGAAACGCCACUACUGGUGCACAGGGCGUUAUGGAAGUUCCGAAUUUAUGUUCAAAGCCUACGGUGAAGGAGCGCCACGAGAUAACAAUCAAAUCACCUUGCAUAAGGAGGGUGCUUUCAUCAAUGGAAAAUCUAUGAAUAUGGAGGACAGUCCAAUGAAGUACAAAUUGCCACCAAAGGGAACAAUUGGCAGAAAUGCAUUGGGGUCGAAUGUGAUAAGACAUCCCUAUCCUGCCGAGCAUGAACAGGAUGUUCCCCUCCCAGACCAUCCGGAAGUAGGAAUGGUUGACCAUGUUGAAAUUGAUGAUCCAAUUCCGUCAUAAGAAAUACUUAAUGCGUUGUUAUCUAUCGUCACAUCGACAGCAUUUCAGAAAAAGACUGGUCAAUCAAUUUACAUUUAUAUAUUUUAAAACGAAUGGUUACAGCUCAAAUCUAUGAAAUUGUAAAUUGACGUUAUUUUGUGAAAUGUACAUUGUUUUUUUAAAUUUUUCUGUACUUUAUUGAAUUGAUGAUAUCCAUGAAAGGGUACGUUUAUUCCAAACCAACAAAAUAACUACUACUUUUUUCUAUAAAUGUAGUCAAAUUGCUACAAGCAAGUGUAGGUUGACCAUAAUGUAUUUUAUUAAUUAUGUUGAAUAUUUUGAAUUGAAUAGAUUAAUAAGUUGUUGAAUAGUUACAUAUUUGAAUUUUUAUAAUCUCUGAGUACAUCGGUUAAUUUACCUUUAGUAGUUCUCCUAUUAAAUCUAGUCUACUCCAUAAAAAAUGAUGAUGAGACGAUUAACCAAGCUUUACUCAAAUUAUUUACUCAAAAUGAAAUAAAUUGUCCAAAUCAUUUGUGAAUAUAAUAUCAUACAAACAACUG